AUGCCACAUGAAGAUGAGGGAAAGUCAACACCACCUAUAAACGAGGUUGUUGAGGAAGAAAAGGAAGAGUCAUAUGCACCUCCCCCGCCAUAUAAACCUCUUAUCCCGUUUCCACAAAGAUUAGUGAAAGCAAAGAUUAUAGACCAUUUUAGGAAUUUUGUUGAGGUUUUGAAAAAGUUGUAUAUCAAUAUCCCUUUCACCGAGACAUUGUUACAAAUACCAUCUUAUGCUAAAUUCCUUAAGGAAAUUCUAUCAAACAAGCACGAUGAGUUUUGCGAAAGCUUUAUCUUAUCUAGGGAGAGUAUGAGUUUGAUGCCUUUGUGCGUCUAUGAAAAACUAGGCCUUGGUGGUAUGAAACCUAAUAUAUUAUCUCUACAAUUGACAAAUAAGUCUGUCAAGUAUCAUGUAGAAAUUGCAGAAGAUGUGCAGAUAAGGAUAUGGAAACUUAUCAUCCCAACAAACUUUGUCAUAAUGGAUAUACGAGAAGACACUAAAAUCCCAAUCCUACUAGGAAGAGACAUUGUUACAAAUACCAUCUUAUGCUAA